AUGAAGUCGUCACCGUGGAGAACGCCACCUUUGAAACGUUCACGGGAGACGUCGGCGUUAUUCGGGGGUACGCGUUCGCCGCCAGUUACCCCGUCGUUUGCGAAUCGCUCCAGCGCAACAACCACGAGCCGGUUGAAUGAAGCUAUCCCAGCGCGAGAGGUUUCAAAGCGAGUCGGACCUGGGGGCAAGGCGCUUUACUAUCUUCAAGGGUGGCAAGCGAUUCAGGUUGCAAACGAGAUCUUCGGAUACGGUGGUUGGAGCAAUGCGCUCCAGUCCUUCGACGUUGACUAUUGUGAGCAGGGUCCCGACGGUCGCUGGAACGCAAUGGCUACUGCAGUCAUGCGCGUCACGCUAAUGGAAACUGGUGCAUUCCAUGAAGAUAUCGGAUGUGGCGUUUGCGAUGGGAUGCGAACCCGCGGUGACGCCUUGCAGAAAGUCAAGAAAGAAGCCUGCACAGAUGCGAUGAAGAGGGCGCUAAAGAAUUUUGGGCGCCGUCUCGGUUUAAUGCUCUAUGAUAAAGAGUUUCUGGCGAUGCUCACGAGUGGGGCUCUGGGUCACGCCGCUCUAGCGGGUGCUCGAAGCGGCGACUACGCUCUAGGCAGCAUCCAGGUUCCUGCGAUUCCUGCGUACGCACGCGGCGAGAACCAGAAAGCGAAGCAAGCCGACGCAGUGCAAAACGGCAGCAUUCAAGGGAAUUCCUCUAGCGACAAGGCCAUAGCCAACAAGGCCAACAAGACGUCGCGGCUGGAGUCGAAUGCCGGCGAGCGCGAUGCCCGAAACGGCGGCGUCGUUUCUGCUGAAAUCAUCGGACGUUCUCCGGGUUGCUUGACGCGGGCAUCUGCUGCCCUGAAAGCCUCGACACCAACCAAAGGUAAUAGUGGUAUGAUUUGGAAUUCGGUCACUCGCGCUGAACUAGAUUCACUUUUGCAACAGUUCGAACUUGAUGACGAGUCCUGA